CUGAACUACAUCCGGUCGCUCUGCUCAUACAUCCGUUUUCGGAAGCGGUUUUGCAGCUCUCUACGCUGUUUCAAACCUCCAACAUUUUCUUUCACGUCAUCGAACUGAGGCCUCCGUGCUGUUACACCGUGUAACCAUGCGACUGUUCUUGCUGGUUGUAGUGGCGGCUCUGUCUCUAAGCCCGGCGGCGGUGAGCGGAGCCGACAAGAAGAAGCUCCAGAUAGGAAUCAAAAAGCGAGUGGACAACUGUCCCAUCAAGUCCCGCAAAGGAGACGUGCUGAACAUGCACUACACCGGCAAGUUGGAGGACGGCACGGAGUUUGACAGCAGCAUUUCCCGGGACAGACCCUUCACCUUCACCCUGGGCACCGGCCAGGUUAUCAAAGGCUGGGACCAGGGCCUGCUGGGCAUGUGCGAGGGCGAGAAGAGGAAGCUGGUCAUCCCCGCCGAGCUGGGCUACGGAGACCGGGGAGCUCCGCCCAAGAUUCCUGGAGGGGCGACGCUUAUCUUCGAAGUGGAGCUGCUAAGCAUCGAAAGGAGGUCGGACCUUUGACGUAGACAUGAAUGGAAAGGAAAGCUGCAUUUGAAGAAGUUUCUGUCCAAGAUCCAAGAAUUCCUCCUGCAUUAAAUGGGAACCACCUGACCUUUUGAAGAUGAUCAAGAAGAUUAAAUACAAAACCCGGGAAAUGAAUCUAAACCCCAACAGAGCCUCUGUUCUCUAGGAGAUAAUGGACUUAGAUUAUUAUGUGAUGCAAUAAACGAUAGCCAAUUCCUGCCAAGCAAUAGAACAGCUAACAUCCAGCAGCAAAGUCAAGUUAUUUCACUGGGUGAACAUUGAUGCCACACCACUUCAUCUGUUUAAUUUCUUUGACAUCAACCCUUGUUGAUUAUCAUUUCUACAUUACUCUUUGACAAAUAAGUGACAAUAAAUCAAUCAAAAUUGAGGCAGGGGCCACUUAUGAAUAAUUUGGUUUACUUUGUCUGAAUUACAAUAAAAUGUUUGCCUCAUUGUUCCCUUUUAA